AUGUAUUAUUGCAUCAGGAUUGUGGUCUAUGAGUGCCAAUUUUACAGCUAUUUGUACAACUAUGGUAUCUUAGUUACAGACGGUUCAAGUUCUCUCGAAAGUAUGGGCGUUGGCGUAACUGGUAACACUUUUUACAAUUCAGGUGAGUUCUUUAUUGAUGGGGGGGCCAUUGCUAGUGGUUACACUUUCAGUAGUACCAAUUUCGACAAUUCAGGGCUUCUACAAUUUGCCAACAAUGCUGUAGCAACACUCACACUGGGUUCAGGUACAAUGACAAAUACAGGUACAAUCUGUUUAGAGGAUACAGAAGCUACUCUGGAUGCUGCUGUGUUAGGUGACGGUUGUAUUGUUCUGAAUGACUCAGGCCAAUUAACAGUGGACCCUUCAACAUAUUCGCUGGGAGAUCAGACGUAUGGCCUCUUCUUCAGCGGUAGUUAUCCUCGAUGCAGCAAUACUGCCAGCACAGCAGUAAAAGUCAGAGGUUUUGGUGACAGUAAUAAGAUAGAAGUAAACACCUGUGUGCUUAAACCCAUUUCAAGCGUCUCCUAUGACUCUACAACCGGGAUACUGACCGUUACCGCAAGUUCGUUGCUAAGUUCAACUAAUUAUUACUUCGAUGUAGGUACCGGUUAUACCAGCUCUGACUUUAGUUAUUUGAUUAACUAUGUCGCGUAUUUUGAUGAUCCACCAAACUCUACUGUACCAGACUCAUGUACAUGUGGACAAUGCCCGUUUGUUCUUCGAUUACAGGUUUAA